GCCCCCGCCCAAGCAGGGUAUCCAGGCUGUGGAGGUGACAUGGCCAAGUCACACCUGCUGCCGUGGCUGCUGCUGCUCUCCACACUCUGUGGCCCAGGCGCUGCUGACCGGACCGCCUCAUCUCUGACUUGUGCCCGGGGCCCUGAGUUCUGGUGCCAAAGCCUGGAGCAAGCCUUGCAGUGUAGAGCGCUGGGCCACUGCCUACAGGAAGUCUGGGGUUACGUAAGAGCUGAUGACCUGUGCCAGGAAUGCGAGGACAUCGUCCGCAUCCUCACCAAGAUGACCAAGGAGGCCAUUUUACAGGACUCGAUACGGAAAUUCUUGGAGCGUGAGUGUGACGUUCUCCCCUUGAAGCUGCUCGUGCCCCAGUGCCAUCACAUGCUCGACACCUACUUCCCAGUGGUCAUCGACUAUUUCCAGAACCAGAUUAACCCAAAGGUCAUCUGCAAGUACCUGGGCCUGUGCAGACCUGAGCGUCCAGAGCCAGGGCAAGAGCCGGAGCUGUCAGACCCCCUGCUGGACAAGCUGACCCUCCCCGUGCUGCCCAGAGCCCUCCAGGUGAGGCCUGGGCCUCAUACACAGGACCUCAUGGAGCAGCGGUUCCCCAUCCCCCUCCCCUUCUGCUGGCUCUGCAGGAUGCUGAUCAAGCGAAUCCAAGCCAUGAUUCCCAAGGGUGUGCUGGCCAUGACCGUGGGCCAGGUGUGUCACAUUGUACCCCUGGUGGUGGGGGGCAUCUGCCAGUGCCUGGCCGAGCGCUACACCGUCCUCCUGCUGGACGCACUGCUGGGCCGCGUGCUGCCCCAGCUGGUCUGUGGCCUCGUCCUCCGCUGCUCCAACGAGGACGGUGCUGGCCCAGUCCUCACAGCUCUGGAGUCCCUGCCCGGAGAAUGGCUACCUGAAGAGUCCACGUGCCACCUCUGCAUGUUUGUAACCAGCCAGGCAGGGAACAGCAGUGGGCCGGCCAUGCUGCAGGCAAUACGCCAGGCCUGCCUCAGCUCCUGGCCGGACAGGCAAAAGUGUGAACAAUUUGUGGAGCAGCACAUGCCCCAGCUGCAGACCCUAGUGUCCAGGGGUGGGGAUGCCCACACCACCUGCCAGGUCCUGGGGGCGUGUGGGACCAUGUCCAGUCCUCUCCAGUGCAUCCACAUUCCUCACUUCUGAUGAGAACUCAAAGCCAUGCCAGGCCACAGCUCAAGGCUCCUGAGGGUCGCUGACAACACCACUUCAAGAAUGGCCUCUCUCACACCCUCUCCUCAGAAUCCUUGCCGCUGGUGCCAGGCCCAGCUCCCACCUCCCCUGACCUGUCCCAGGCCCUCAAGGGGAGCUGCAGCCACCCUCUGCACCCACUGAUGCUCUGUAUUUGAUGUACCAAGCCAAACCUUUCCUGAGGUUCAGGGGAAAUCAGACUUUGCUGCACAAAAAUGUCGUCUCCUCCGACGCCAGGAGCCCCACCAUCAUCGGAUCCCGCCUUCCAGAGACGCACUUCUCUCUCCCUAUCAUUGUCCAAGUCAGAGGUAGCACCUUGGAGCGUGAGGGGCGAGUCAGAUGCAGCCUCUGUGACCAGGUGCCCCAGGACAGGGAAAUGAACCUGAGAGCGACAGACAUAGCAACCAUGGGCUUGAAGUGUCACUGAGAACAAACCUGGCCCACUUUGCCAAUAUGCUCAGAGCCAGCCCCUAACAUGACAGCCAUUUAUCCAUUUGUUCACUCAUUUUUUUAAAAAAACGUGGGUGCCUUUGGCCAGGCCACAUUCUAGGCACAAGAUCUACAGAUGGGAAUAAAACAAUGAACCCCGUGCCCUCCUGGAGCUCAAGCCCCAGGUUCCGACUCUUCCUGCUCCUGAAUCACAAGCCCCUGUAGGGGAGGGAGCGUCUGCCCCAACUCAGACCUAUCCCACAGGGACCAGAUUAAUGUUUCCCUCCAUCCUAAUGACAGCUGAGGGGAACCCUGAGGGCCGGGGAGCUGCCCAGGGGACCAGGGCAGUGUCCUCUCCCCAGCAACCAGGGCUUCCGGGACCAGGAAGAGCUGGGUCUUCCAGCCUGUUGAAACAGGAAAAGCAACGGACUGACACAGAGGACCUGAGCUCUGAUCCCAACUCUGCCAUCAACUGGCCAUGAAUCCCCAGCCAAGAUAUGUUGCCCCCUCCCUGCCUCUCAUUCUCCUCAGAGGCAAAGGAGGAUCGAAUAAGGUGGUCUCUAGGAUUCUUGGGUUCUUGCAUGUGACAAGGCUCCUCCUCAGGCUCCCUGCCGCCUGCCCACACUGAGAAACACCCUUCACUCCCACAGUCACCUUCCCCACCUCCUUUCCUCAGAAAGACGUUAAGCUGGUGCACCACAAACCUGCAGCUUGUAACCUCAGUCCUGUGUCAGUCUUACCUGUCCUGUCUCUAGCCACAGCCCAAGCCAGUGCGACUUCCAUCCUCUCUGGGUGUGAGGUACAGCCAAGGCAGCAUCUGCUGAAAGAGGUCUGCAAGGGGGGGCCUCCGGCCUGGGAACUUCCGGCCAGACUUCACACUGCGCUGGAGCCAGUCCAGUUCCUACAACACCCAGGAGCUGGGUCCAGGGGAACCCAUCAGCCACACAGUCCCUCCCUGGCUCCCAGACGACAACGGGGUAGAAACUGGGGCCUGCCUCACUUGAUCUCCACGUGUGCAAGAUACUGGCUUUUACAAUUAUUUUGCUAAUACUUUCACAAAGUUCAAAUUCAGAAGAAUAAAAAAAAAAAUGGGAACAUAAAGUACCAUAAAAGAUGGAUAGAUGAAGUCAAACUUUUUUUUAAAAAUCAGGUCGCAGGGCUCAAGCAUGGUGUAAAGCUGACUGGAGAAACUUUCAUUAUUUGAAAUGUUCUGCAGCUUAAGAGCUGUCACUUUA